GGGUGGGGGGGGCGGCAACCCCGGUUGCCGCGGCAACCAUCGGCGGCCGUGCCGGGGAGACACACCCCCCCCCCCCCUUUUUCCCCUCACGGUGGGGCGGGCCCACGCGUGACGGCGAAGCCCCGCGCCGGGCGGGCCCGGGCGGCGGCGGCGGCGGCGGCGGGCGAGGCUGCCGCCGGCCAUGCCAGUGCUGGCGCCCGAUGCUGAGUCAGAAAGAGGUAUCCCGAGAUCCCCCUCUGAGGCGCGGCGCUCGGAGGAGGCCAUGGAGGAGCUGGAGCACACCUGCCCUCAGCCUCGCCUGACUCUGACGGCACCUGCUCCAUUUGCAGACGAAACAAGCUGUCAGUGCCAAGCCCCCCAUGAGAAGCUAACCAUUGCACAAGCCCGCCUGGGAACACCAGUUGACAGACCUGUCAGAGUGUAUGCAGAUGGGAUAUUUGACCUCUUCCACUCUGGCCAUGCUAGAGCUCUUAUGCAAGCCAAAACUCUAUUCCCAAAUAGCUACUUACUAGUAGGAGUUUGCAGUGAUGAUUUAACUCAUAAAUUCAAAGGCUUCACUGUGAUGAAUGAAACUGAGCGAUAUGAAGCCCUCAGACACUGUCGUUAUGUGGAUGAGGUCAUCAGAGAUGCACCCUGGACACUGACACCCGAGUUCCUUGAAAAACAUAAGAUUGACUUUGUAGCCCACGAUGACAUCCCGUACUCCUCCGCUGGCUCGGAUGAUGUAUACAAACACAUAAAGGAGGCAGCUACCUGCCGCAGCGCCUGGUCCUGCCGUGCUUUCUCAGAGGGCUUUCUUUUCCCACUUUGCUCAGGAAUGUUCGUACCAACGCAGAGAACCGAAGGUAUCUCCACAUCGGAUAUCAUCACAAGGAUUGUCCGGGACUACGACGUGUACGCCCGGCGCAACCUCCAACGAGGAUACACCGCCAAAGAGCUGAAUGUUAGUUUUAUAAAUGAGAAGAAAUACCGCUUUCAAAACCAAGUGGAUAAAAUGAAAGAAAAAGUCAAGAAUGUGGAGGAAAAAUCAAAAGAAUUUGUUUACAAGGUGGAAGAGAAGAGCCAUGACCUCAUUCAGAAAUGGGAAGAAAAGUCCAGGGAAUUUAUUGGCAACUUUUUAGAGCUGUUUGGACCUGACGGAGCCUGGAAGCAGAUGUUCCAGGAACGAAGUGGCCGAAUGCUCCAGGCUUUUUCUCCCCGGCAGAGCCCCAACAGCAGUCCUACGCGAGGCCGUUCUCCGUCCCGUUCUCCAUCUCCACCCUGGGUCUUCAAUAAAGCCUCCCCUCCCUCUUCUCCAAAAGCUGCCUCUGCCUCCCUCAGCAGCAUGAGCGAGGGAGACGAGGAUGAAAAGUAAAAUAUAUAUUUUUUUAACCAUGAGACAGAAGAACAAGCUGUGAACUCAACCGCUGGAUGGGGAGAAGCGUGAGGAACAGCUGGGCUAUCUCUGACAGCAGGGAACAUGCUCUGGGAGAAGAUGCUGAAACCAGACUGGAGCACAGCAAGGGAGAUCUCAGGAAGAGCUUAUCCCAUCCCCGCUCCCUUGCGGUGCCCGGAGGCCCUGCCGGCAGCGCUUGCCAGACACGGUAGCGGGGACCAACAGAAAAACAUACACCUUUGUGCAAGUUCCUCUCCAUGUCUUGCUGCUUACAGCUGCUGGGGCCAGGCCGGCUCGGCGGGGAACUCUGCACCGAGCGGGGCCGGCGGGAGAAGCCCUGUCGGCUCCUGAUCCGGACCCGGCACACAGGCAACGCGAUGGCUGCGGCCCGUGGAUGGAGAAGAUGCAGUUGUACCGGACCCUGCUAACCUUGAGCUCUUCUGGCACGUGAAGAAACGGCAUUGCUGCAGCAAAUACAUUCAGAAACGGGAAAUAAAAUUUUACUUCUUUUCUUUUUGAAUGAAAUCUGCCCCAGACCCCAAACCAUGCCAGCAAAAUGGAGAGCUCUCCAGCUGAGUUGGUGGAAAUCCAUUUAAUAUAUUCAAGCUGUUGAACGCUGCUUGUUGACCAAGCCUCUCUACGGGGUGUAUGUAAAGAGUCAGGCUGCAUUUGCUUUAUCAAAUUGCUCUCCGUGUUCCUAGUGCCUGAACAGCUACCCCAUAACUUCUGUUUUGCUCCCUGGCUUUGCACUUUGGAGGAAAGAAGGUAAAUGAAAAGACAGCCCUAGCUGGAAUGUGGUGUUAUAGGAAACAGACAGUUUUAAGACAUUGGUGAUUUUUACUGGUGAAUUCUAAAAACCACAAGUAGGAUCCCAAGGCCUGGGGACCUGGCCUCCUAGGAAACCCUGCUGCUCCCAGCUACGUCUCCCCAGAUGACGAGCACAACAGUGCUGCUGUCCUCACAUGCUACUCAACCAGUUAAACAAAUUCCUCAUCAAGCUCUAACCAAGACAUGUUCACAGACACCCUGCUGCUGCAGGGGUCCCGAGGCCAUUCCUCUACCCUAACGUGGAGAAAAAGUUGGAAAAAACAAUGGAAACCUUUUAAACAGGAAUAGGCAUGGGGAUUUUCCUUCUCCGUCCAUGACACCCAUACAGCCCCAAGCAGAAAGGGUAGCACGAGUGAAGCUUUCCCCUCCCCUCGAUGCCCUAGCUGAUCUCCUUCCAGCUUGGCAAAGGUAAAGGUAAAGGUAAAGACUGCGGGCAGGGAGUUGCAGCAGCGAAAUCAUUGCCGUGCCCUGCUGCCUGGAGUUGCAAACCCAUGAGGACACGCAGGCUGCUGCGGGCUGGUUCCCUGCACAGGCAGCCCAGGAAACGCUGGGAGAGGGAGGGCUCCGAGCGGCUCUUGGAAAAGAACCGAAGGAAUAAGAUGCCCGAGUGCCUGAGCACACAGGACGGCGCUGGCAGCGGUCCCCUCACCCCAGGCUACCGUCCUCACCUUGCCGAGUGGCCUAGUAGGUCAACUCCUUUCACUCCUUCCCUUCCAGAUCCCUUUGCAGGCAGGUAAAUUACAGACCCUUGUACCAGGCACCACAUUAGCCCCGCACUCUGUUCAUUCCCUACAGCUUUCGUCCCUCCCCUGCUACGGGGUAACCGAUUUUUCUUUGGCAACAUUUUGCCAGGCACUUCUCGGACUACCGCAGGACCGAGUACACUUUGCUUUGUCCUCUGGAGUCAAGCUAGUUCCUUCUUCACAGAGCUGCAAAAAGAGGAGCAGGGAACAGGGUGGAAAGCGCAAAGGGAGAGCCACAGCUAGUUCAGCUGCCACCAGCUGUGCGCCCAACAGGAUGAUGCAAUUAAGACCUUUCUCAGCCUUAGGCAACCUGUUACUGUAAUUUCAUACCUGGGAUGCACUUGUUAGUUUUUCUGAACCUUUGCAAGUCUUAAGUCUUCCCAUCACAAACCACUCCUCCACCACGAGAACUGUCUGCUCUCUACUGGUGCUGUUUCUACGAUGAGCCAUGUCCAAAUGCAAUGGAGGUGGGCAGGUUUUUGUUGUUCUGGGCUUUUACCAUUCGUUUUUUUGUUUUAAUUUCAUAGCGCUUGCUGUUCAGCAGCCCUUGUUCAGUGGUUUGAGUGGAAGACAGCACCACGACUUGUAAAUAGGAACUGGAGAAAAACUCACCAGUGACCUCUUCUUAACAGAAGCUGUUUUCUCAGCGUCACAGGUGGCUACCCAGCAACAAAGCCAUAUACUGUACCAGGCAUCCGUUUGCAUUUAGGAUAUCAAUAAGCUGAAGCCUUUGCCCUGCUGGUACAGACAGUAAAAUCCAUGUGCUGUCUCAGCAAACCAGAACCUCGUCGUCUCUGGACGCGUGGAGAGCAAUUUUGCACUUCUGAGUCAUGGUUGGGUUUUAUUUUUCACGAGUGUUGCUUUAAUUCAGUCCUAUUUAUCAGCCAAGCUCCACAUGAAAAAUAAAGUGUACAACAGAUACUG